UAUAUAUAUAAUCCUUAACCUCCGCUCUUCGAGAACUUUUUUAUUUACAAAACAAAAAGAGAGAAGAAGAAGAAGAAAAAAAGAAGAUUUCAUCAGAGAUGGCUCGUACCAAGCAAACUGCUCGUAAGUCUACAGGAGGAAAGGCUCCAAGGAAGCAACUUGCUACCAAGGCUGCUCGUAAGUCUGCUCCUACCACUGGUGGUGUGAAGAAGCCACAUAGAUACCGCCCUGGUACUGUUGCUCUUCGUGAAAUCCGUAAGUACCAGAAGAGUACUGAGCUCUUGAUCAGGAAGCUUCCGUUCCAGAGGCUUGUUCGUGAAAUUGCCCAGGACUUUAAGACUGAUCUGCGUUUCCAGAGUCAUGCUGUCCUGGCUCUGCAGGAGGCUGCUGAGGCCUACUUGGUGGGUCUAUUUGAGGACACUAACCUUUGUGCCAUUCACGCCAAGCGUGUGACAAUUAUGCCCAAGGACAUUCAACUUGCCAGACGAAUUAGGGGCGAGCGUGCUUAAUAUGAUCAACUCUAGCUAGUAGCAUUGUUGGUCCUUUCUUGCUCUUCUUUGUUAGACAUAAAGGCAGUAACUAAAUCUAGUAGUAGGGCUUGUUGCUUUGAAUUUGUUGGUGGCUGGUGGUGUGCUGUAAUUUGUUGGUGUUUUUUUGGAGAAGGGGAAAAACAUGAUAUUUUGUUUGGAUCUCUAAUGUUUUGUUGUCACACCACUGGUGUCGAACAAUGUUCAGUGUUUUCUUCUAAUGGUUAGUUCAAGUUGUUGUGGAUAAAUGAUUAUACUGUGCUCUUCGUAAACAUAGGAUGCAUUUGUACCAUUUAAAUGGAUGCUUGGAUUUGGGUAGUGAAAGCGUGGACUAGGUUUUCUGAUGCAUCUGUUGUAGUCACUAUUCUGAGAUUAUGAGA